AUGCCCACAGCCGCCGAGAUGUUCAUCAACGGCCAAUGGGUCGAACGUGGCCAGACGAACGCGCUGGAGGUCGAGAACCCCUCGAACGAAAACGUCAUUGCGACAAUCCCGGACGGGAACGCUGAGGAUGCCCGCAAAGCACUCACAUCUGCCAAAAAGGCACAAGCGGCCUGGGCGGCAAUGCCUUCCGCCGAACGCGGCAGCCUUGUCGCCUCGCUCGCCGAUCAGGUCGCGGCACAAAGACAACACCUCGCGCGACUUGUUACCCUUGAACAGGGCAAGCCGCUGAGCCACGCACUUCAGGAGAUAGAUGCCGGCAUCACCUUCCUGAGAUACGCCGUGGAAAACGCUCGCAGGAUCGAAGGCGACAUCGUCACAUCGGACAACCGUUCGGAAGAGAUCCACAUCAGACGUCACCCCUACGGCGUUGUGGUUGGAUUGACCGCCUGGAACUAUCCCUUCGCACUGGCAGCACGAAAGCUGGGUCCUGCACUGGUAGCCGGAAACACAUUCGUUUUGCUCUCACAUGAGGCGACCCCGUUGUCGGGUCUCGCGCUUGCGCAAUUGAGCGACAAAGCCGGUAUCCCGGCAGGAGUGUUCAACGUGGUCACCGGCCGCGGACGCGUCGUCGGAGAAGCGCUUGUCCGAAGCCCGCUAUCCGAUCUCGUCACGAUGACCGGAAGCACGCGUGCCGGGCGCGAGAUUUACAAAUCCGGCGCGGAGGAUAUCAAGGUCAUCCGUCUUGAGCUUGGAGGCAAGGCACCCUUCCUCGUCAUGGAAGACGCAGACAUCGACAGCGCGGUCUCCGCGGCGGUUGCGGCGCGGUACACAAACUGCGGACAGAUCUGUACCUGUAACGAGCGCAUGUAUCUUCACCGCUCGAUUGCAGACGAAUUCCUGGAAAAAUUCAUUGCUGCGUCAGAAGCGCUGAAAAUCGGCGAUCCGCUCGGCAAUGUGGACCUCGGUCCCAAGGUCAGCCGCGUGGAAAGGGACAAAGUUGCCGACGUCGUCGCUCAAAGCAUUUCCUCAGGUGCCGACAUUCUCCUCAAGGGCGGCAUUCUGGAGGACGGUCCCUUUGCGAAGGGACACUGGCUCGCACCCACCGUUCUUGAAGCAACGCGAAAUGACAAUCCUGCCGUCCGGGAAGAAAUAUUCGGCCCAGUGGCAACUGCUGUAAGGGUCGAUGAUUUCGACAUGGCGGUCGCGUAUGCGAACGACACGUCAUUCGGACUGUCCGCGUACCUGUUCACCCGCGAUUACAAACGUCUGGCCGAGGCACCCUACCGCCUGAAAUUCGGAGAGCUCUAUCUCAACCGGUCCAACGGAGAGGCGGUUCAGGGAUUUCAUACCGGAUGGGGCCUGUCCGGACUGGGCGGAGAAGACGGCCGCUACGGCUUCGACGGCUACCUGCGCAAGCAGACAGCCUAUCUGAAUUGGGGUUAG